AUGAAUCGUUUUAAGGCAAUCGUUGCUAACUUCAAAUUCCUCGAGUCGACACUUGCCAGUAGACUCAUUGCAACUCAGUCUCUCGUACUCACUUAUAACCAGGUGACUCAUUUCUCUCUCUACACUCCAUCUCCCUUUUUGAAUCAACCUCACGAUUUCCACUUUCCCAACAUUCAUCGAAAGCUCUACUACUGUUCUUCAAAACCAAAUCCCAUUGUCGAGCUAAUUUUGACCAGCAAUUGGUCCAAGGGGUUAAAGCACAAGUUAGAAAAAUGCUACCCAUCCCUCACCCAUGAAACUGUUGUUUACGUUUUGAAGCGGUUGGAAGCAAGCCCAGAAAAAACAUGCUGCUUUUUCGAUUGGGUCAGUACUAAAAAAUGGUUUAGAGCAAGUUCGUCACUGUAUAGCUUAAUUCUUAGAGUCUUAGCCACUAAGGAGACGAUAAAACAAUUUUGGAUUACUCUAUGGACUAUGAAGAGAAAAGGGUUUUAUUUUGAUGAAGAGACCUAUUUUCCAAUUUUAGCCGAUUUUAAAAGGAAAAAGAUGGACAAUGAUUGCUCGUCUCUUAUCCACUUUUAUAGUCGGAGUAACUGGGAAAAUUCAAUGCGAAGUGUUGUCACUAAUGUGGUUGACAUUAUUUCAGAGUCUAAUUGGGGUGAUGGUGUUAGGCGUGAACUUGCAAAGGUUAAAAUUCAGCUGUCAGAUAAUUUUGUAAUAAAUGUUUUGAGAGAGCUUCGAAAUUCUCCUUUAAAGGCUUACAAGUUCUUUUACUGGGUUGGGAGGCAAUCUGGGUAUGAGCAAAAUAUAGUGACUUAUAAUGCAGUUGCAAGAGUUCUCGCGAGGACAGACUCGAUUGAAAAGUUUUGGAGUGUCAUUAAGGAGAUGAAGAGUGUUGGUCAUGAAUUGGAUAUUGAUACUUACAUAAAGAUAUUAAGGAUGCUUUAA